AUGCCGAUGGAUCAAGCCGAGCUGACAACAGAACAGGUUCUGAAGAGGGAUAUUCCAUGGGAGACGUAUAUGACAACUAAGCUGAUCACAGGAACAGGCCUUCAGCUGUUAAGGCGUUAUGAUAAAAAGGCCGAAAGUUACAGAGCUCAACUGCUGGAUGAUGAUGGUCCAGCUUACGUGCAUGUGUUCGUUAGCAUCUUACGUGACAUAUUCAAGGAAGAAACAGUAGAAUAUGUUCUUUCUUUAAUAGAUGAAAUGCUUACAGCAAACCCUAAAAGGGCCAGAUUAUUCCAUGACAAGUCUAUUGCAAAUGAAGAUACAUAUGAACCUUUCCUUAGAUUGCUUUGGAAAGGUAACUGGCUUAUACAAGAAAAGAGCUGUAAGAUUCUCUCUCUAAUAGUAAGUGCGAGGCCGAAAGUUCAGGAUGGUGUCACUACAAAUGGAGCAACCUCAGAUUCAAAGAAGAAAUCCACGGCAAUUGAUGAAGUUUUGAAAGGACUGGUUGAAUGGCUCCGUGCUCAGGUUUGUAUAUAGUUCUUCAUUAUAUUCUACUUUAUAUUUUUUGGGUAAGUUGAAUAAAUAUGUUUUUGGUUGAUCAUUUGGUAUUUGUUGCUCGCACAUGGGUUUUGGCCAUAUUCUUUUGCCCUUUCCAAUGAAUACUGCCCUUGUGACUGUCACUGGUGUCAUUUUUGGAAAAUUAAGCGCCUCGGUUGUUAGACACAUUGAUGGGGAUCGUAUAGGAAUUGGAUAGAUAUAAUAGAUUAAUUAUGAUA